AUGUCUUCUUGGCUCUACAACCUGGCGGUGUUGCCAGGGCGACUGUGCGAGUCUGUCUGUAAAUGCAUCGUCUCGUCGAUGUCAUCGUAUCCUCUUCCACAGCCUCGGACCUUCGACCACAUGACUUUGACGAGCCACGGGCAUAACGAUCUACCGGCUACUCGGCCAAUGGCUCGAAGUUGGCAGAAGACAUGCGGACAGGAGACGACGACGCAACACGAGGUCCUCAUUGACCCUUUUUGCUUUCUCGGAUGGUCCUAUUCGUUUGCGGCUCGUAUCACGAGGGUGCGCUUUGCAGUCUGCUCUUUUCGCUUGUCUUUGCCAAACCGAGGCGGCAGAAGCAACUUCAGAGGGAAUAUCGCAUGA